AUGAGUUUGUGCGGAACGUUAAUAGGAGGUAUUAAAAGAUUUAACUAUAGUCUAGUGUAUGUCAAAGUGAAGAAAUGUGAUGUAACGUUUAGUCAAAGAUAUUCGACGCGGGAACUCCUGAAGGAAGCAUAUUGCCGAAUGAAAUUGAAAUGUCGUUCAAAAAAAUUGCCAAAUGAUGUAAAUCCACGCGGCGUUUUCGCCUGUAAUGAGUUGGAUCUAUCAGAAGUGAAAGUAUAUGGUUUUGAUUAUGAUUACACAUUGGCCCAUUAUAAACCCUCCUUGGAACAUCUGCUGUAUAAUCUGGGCAGAGAUACCUUGCUGGAAAAAUAUAAGUACCCAGCAGACAUUCUAAACUUAGAAUACAAACCAAACUUUGCAGUUAGAGGUUUACAUUAUGACAUUGAAAAAGGAUUACUUCUCAAACUGGAUUCAUUUCUACAAAUUCAAUUCGGUGCUGUGUACAGAGGCCUCACUCCGGUAUCUAUGGAGGAAGUACUCAAAAUUUACAAAAACAGGAUUAUACCUAUUGCAUAUGUAGAAGGUGACACAAGAGCACAUAAGCCAAAUAGAGCGAAAAUGGUGCACUUAGCGGAUCUGUUUUCUGUACCUGAAAUGGGCUUACUAUGCAACGUGGCGGAGUACUUCAUCAGAAAUCACAUUGACUAUCACCCUGAAAUUUUAUUUUUGGACGUUAAGAAUUCAGUGCAAAGUUGUCACCCAGUAAUGCAUAAGAUAGUUGCUCAAAACGUAGAGGAGUAUAUAAGACCGAAUCCCUAUCUAAGGAAAUAUUUCCAAAUAUUACAAGAUACUGAUAAGAAGUUAUUCCUUGUUACGAACAGUCCAUAUCACUUUGUAAAUGCUGGUAUGGGAAUGCUAGUAGGUCAAGAUUGGCGGGACUUCUUCGACGUUGUUAUAGUAAAUGCAAACAAACCAAAAUUCUUCACCGAAGUACCGCGGCCCAUCAGGGUUUUCGACAAGAACGCCAACACGCACAUUUGGGAAAAAGUCACCAAACUAGAGAAAGGAGUUAUUUAUUAUGAAGGCACAGUCAAGCAGCUUCAGGACCUGACUGGCUGGAGUGGGCAUCAAGUGUUAUACUUCGGAGACCACCCGUACACCGAUCUUGCUGAUGUCACCUUGGAGCAUGGGUGGCGAACUGGUGCCAUUAUUAACGAGUUAACGCACGAGAUCAACACGCUAAACACGGUGUCAUUUAAGCAGAACGCAAACUGGCUACAGAUGCUGACCCAACUAAUCGAGGACCACCAGGACUAUAAACAACCCGAGGCUCUAGAGGUCCUUGAGGAAUGGAUGGCAGAGAGAGACUAUCUUAGGAACGAAAUUAAGGCGGUAUUUAAUCCUCAAUUCGGUAGCGUCUUCAGGACAUAUCACAAUCCCACAUAUUUCUCGCGCAGACUGUUCCGAUUUGCAGAUAUCUACACUUCGAAUAUCACGAAUCUGUUGAAUUAUUCUUUAACGCAUACCUUCUACCCGCGGAGGGGGGUUAUGCCUCACGAGUAUGGAUCCUAUUUUGUCUAAUUUGUCAAGUUAUAUAAUUUUUUAUCUUAUGUACGAUACUUGUCAAAAAGUGUAAUGUUCCUUAUCGUCUCAAAAGAUAGUCAUACCUGAUAAUUUGUUAUAACUAAAAUUUUAAAUAAGCACAGUCAUGGGCAAAAUUCGUAGAUUUAAAAAACUCUGUAUCUAAAAUGGACAUAUUUACAGGAACGCUAAAAAAGUUUAAUUAUGAUAACAACAUUCAUAUGAAUAACUGGCCACACGUACCAGAACGUUUAACCGUAAUUUAAAAGACGAUCGCAGCCAUUCUUUUUUCAAAUUAAAUGUUGUAUUUAGACAAUUCAGACGCGAAUGCAUAUUUAUGACCGGACAUUAUUUUCUUUAAUAAUAAAUAUGUGUUUUUCCCUUGACUGUACUGGACUAUCUGUGAAAUAAAAUAAUUUAAAAAAGUGUACAUUUCAGAAAAUGUUGUGGUCGAUGUUUAAUAUAUCUUAGAUUUAAGAGUAACCUUUUUAGAGCAGUUUUGCUAGUAUUAUUGCUAGUAUGCUUUGUUAAAUAUUUUGAUAUUAAAUUAAUAUAAAUAAAUUGUUACCUACAUUAUUAUUAAGCAUAAUUAUGUGUGUUCAAAUUUCAAAGUAAUUUCUUUGAAUAAAUCUAUGUGAAUUGAGUCUACAGCAAAAUAUCUAUUACCUCCUUCAAUCAAAGUGUCACAAUGAAAAGAAUAAAAAAGGCAAUUUCAUAAUGUGAACGAUAGGAGGGCCAGAUUUUCUUGCUCCUAACUUUAUGUAGAUGUAUGUCAAGUUGCAUAAUAUUUCUGGAAAUUGCA